GAGAGAGAGGGGGACUCAUUUCUCCUCCUCUUCCUCUGCAUUGCACUUGCACCCCGAGCCUCAUUCCGGACAGGACACCCUGCUCCUCCUCCUCUUCCUCCUCUUGAUGCUCCAGUGGACUUACUGAAAGAGAGAGAAAAGAAGAAAUUACUUUGGGAUAAAGAUGGGAACCUCUUCUUCCUCCUCCUCAUUUUUUCAGACAACACACGCAAACAGGAUGACUUCCUUUCCCGCACUUGUGAUCAUGUACACCCUGGUGGCGUCGGCGGCGUCCAAGAGCGAGCGUGUGGUGCAGCUGCCCUGCGAAUCUGGCCAGUACACCAAAGACGGCGAAUGCUGCCACGAGUGUCCGCCCGGCGAGGGCGUGGUCAGGCCAUGCGGCGCCAAGCAGACCAUCUGCGCGCAGUGUCUCGACAGCGAGACCUUCUCCGAGAAUUACAGCCACACCGAGGAGUGUCGAGCGUGCACCCAGUGCACAGGCCUGAUGCGCAUGGAAACCCCGUGCACAGACUCCAAUGAUGCCAUCUGCGUGUGCCGCUAUAACUUCUACUUUGACGCAUUAUCGGGACACUGCGAGCCAUGCACCGUGUGCCCGGCCGGCGAAGGCGUGUUCGCCCACUGCGACCACGACCACGACACGGUGUGCGAGGAGUGCGUGGACUUUACCUUCUCAGACCGCGACAGCUCACUGGACCCCUGCCUGCCCUGCACCAUCUGCGACGACGAGACCGAGAUCCAGCUGGCCCACUGCACGCCUGUCAGCGACUCGGUCUGCCACAAUCCCCUGCUGCCCACCUACUUCCCAUCCAUCUCCUCUGAGACAGAACCGACGUCACUCGCAUUCACCAACUACUUCCUCCUUGAUGGUUCCGAGGGCCCGUGGCCAGGCGGCGAGACCACCACACCCAGCGCCGGCGCGCCGCGCUUCCUGGGCCACGGUCUGAACGAGAACCUCAUCCCCAUCUACUGCUCCAUCCUGGCCGCCGUGGUGGUGGGCCUGGUGGCGUACAUUGCCUUCAAGAGGUGGAACAGCUGCAAACAGAACAAACAGGCGGCCAACAACCGUGCUGCGGCUGCGGCGGCGGUGACAAACAACCAGACGGUGACGCCGGAGGGCGAGAAGCUGCACAGUGACAGCGGAAUCUCUGUCGACAGUCAGAGUCUACAGGAACAGCAUCAACAGGCGCAGGCCGACGUACAGGCUCAGCCACCGCGGUCACGCACACAGGAGCAGAUAGUGGUGAGGGUGGACGACGGUCCUGAGCUCGUCACACCUCCUCCAGAAGUCUGAGGAAGAAGAAGAGGAAUGCCACUUAAAACGGUGCUUCUUCAGCAGGGGGGCUACCUGGACUUGAAAUUGGCCCCAAAGACUUGCCGUAGAUGGACCUCAAAAUUGACUCUUCAUCUCUGCAUGCAGAGUCUCAUAGAACCACGUGCCUGGACUCUUAGCGUAUCGACUUAUGUAGAUUUAAAAAAAAAAAAAAAAGUGCAUCUUAGCAAAUACUCCACAAGCUAAUUUUCUCGACUAACUCCGUUUUUUUUCCCCCAUCAGCUCCAUGACAAAUUAGCCUUGAAACCCACCCGUGCCUGGAAGGUCCGACUCAUGCCAGACUUGCUUUUUGUUUUUUCGAGACACAAACAUCCCAUUGUUGUGGUGACCGAACCACUUCUGCUAAACUUCCUCACGCGUACCUCCUGUAGGGCCUAACUUUCCUUUUUCUGUAAUGCUGACUCAGCAGGGUCUGUUUUUUGCUGAACGAGCGAUGCCUUCGGAUGCGGCGUGACAACAGCAGUGACCCCCGAAUGCAGCACUGUGCUUUUAGUUGAGUGGACUCUCAGAAGGUGAACAUGAUGUGUUAAAGGACUCUCUCUGACCUUUAAAAAGUUUCAUAGUUUUUAAAAUAGUGCAGAUGUACAGUUACAAUUGCACAAAGUUCAGCUAACCUUACCUUUGAAUAGAAUAGCCUUAAUUGUAAUUUUUUGGAAACAAAAUUUGGGGGUGCUCCCUCGGAGCUACAGUGCACAACAGGAUUUACAUUUUGAUGAAUACCACUUUCGAUCUUUUUGAAGUUUAUUCUCCGUAUGUAAAAAAUACAAAACAUACCGUAUACAGUAAUCCAAAUGUAAGGAGCUCGCCCUGUUGCAAAUAGCAAAUAUUUGGAAAAAAUUGCCCACCCCUCCAAAACGUUUGCAAUUGCCUAUAGAUGCCACAAGAUGGUGACAAAGCACUACUUUUGUAUCAAUGAAACUCCUCAACUCUAGUCAACAGAGUUCCAUGGCACCAGGAUGCAACAAGAUGGUGGCAAAGCACAAAAUUUUCCUCAAAAUUAACAAUAACAAGUAACAAUAACAAAUCAAUAACGAAUAGGUAAGAAAAAAAAAAUCUGACAAUGUGAAUUUGUGGAUGCCGAAACGAUAAAAUGCUGCGGGUUCACUAUUAGCGGGAAAUUAUCUCAUUCUGGGAUUCCUUGACAUUUUCACCAUUUUUACCAGAAAUUUUAGGUCAAAUUCACCCGAAACGUUUGCGUUGCCAGGAUUCACGUUUUAAUUUAAUUAGAUUUUUUUAAUACUCAAAACCUGAAGGGGGCAGUGUUAUCUGGGAUGCCAUCGUGCUAACACAACUGGGCAGGAGAAGUGAGUGUCGGGUGUUAAACUUGACACCCUUGUUCCAUCUUUCCAAUAUUCAUUUUCACGCUACGACCAACAACAUAUGGCGCAAUCCAGCAAUUCUUAGAAGUUAGCAUUAACGGGCACUACCAUCUUUCACACAAAGAUUUUCGUUAAAAUUGGGCGGGAGACGUUAGUGUUCCUUGUGAAACUACGAAACCCAGUUCCGCAUUUCAACUUUUACACAGCCACUCCUCUCCGACCAAAGUCAGUCAUUUGAGGAAAAUUUAAUUUGAAUCUGUAUGUAGUGUCGGUGCUUUUGAUACAGAACAGAAACCCGGGGCUGAAAAUUCAUUGCUUUCAGGCCAAAUUUACACCAGAUUACAUUUUUUUUGCUGUUCCCUUUUACACAGUCAUGUUGCAGGUUGCCUUUGCACAGGAUACAUUUUACAGAAACGCUUUCUGCAUCCUUCACCCACUCAUCAGGUGUGUGUGUGUGUGUGUGUGUGUGUGUGUGUGUGAGACAUUCUCUGUCUUAUCCACACAAGCAGCUGCUGACAUUUACUGUAUGGACACGCUGAUAUGAAAGACUUCACCUCAAAGGCAACCUUUUAUCACUUUAAUGUCGACCCCCUUCAGUAACGUAUAUAAAUACCUUUUUAAAGAUCAAAGAAUUGCACCGUAAAAGGUAAAGUGAGACGAAUAAUUUUGGGGGGUAAUAUAAUAGCUGUUAGAGUAUCAGUAUUGUAAGUUACAAUGCAUUUUAACCUGGCGGUGAGCAGGCAUCAAUCAUCAUUGGACGAGGUACAAGUCAGUCAUUACAAAAGCCUGACCAAUUGGUGAUGUCGUGGCCCUUUUGAAGUUGUUCAGUUUGGUUUACGUUUGGCUCCCAUUUUCAACGUGUUGUUUUGCAGUUGUUGCCUUGUUAGACAAAUUAAAUGUAAAUUCAGAGAAAGUCAGACAGUAAUAUAAUUACAGUGAAUGCCCAUCUAUCGCAGGGGAUAGGUUCCAGAUCCACCCGCCAUAGGUGAAAAUAUAGAGACCAUAGAAAAAAAAUAUUUUUGCUAACCGUUUUACCCGCUCCCACACACUUUAAACACAUUUAACAUUGUUGGCACACUGUCGCUCAUGCAGUUCUUUCAAUAAAGAGACAAAGGGUGCUUGCUUCGAGCUAGUUAUUUGUCACUCCCAGUUGAAGUUGAAUGAAAACCUGAUAAAACAAAACAAAAAUUAAACAUUGUAUAAUGCAAACAAUAUAAUUUCAUCGAACAAAAGUCUGCUCGCUUAAUGUUAAGCAAAUAUGUUACUAAAUUAUAAACCUUCAAACAACCUCUACUUUAACACACACUGAGCAACAACACGUAAACAGAGCAUACGACAAUAUUCGCAAGCAUACAGUAUAUUCAUACUGCUCUGUGGGACCAAUGACUAUUACUGGAGCUCUGUUGGGUACCUUUUCUGUCUCUUCUUCAUGCUCUUAAUUACACUGCAUCUCUUCCAGUGCCGCGAUACGUGGUACUUCACUGAAGUCACACGAUUAUAAAUUUGGACUUGCCUGUAUACUGUAAAACCCAUUAAAAAAAAAACACUUUUAGAAAUCUGCGAUAUAGCGAGUGCGCAAACGAUGAACUGCAAUACAUCGCGGCAAUACUGUAAUGAUCAAUAUCCAGCGCAGUAUAACUAACCUGUCCAGCACUGCUGAUGAGCUUGCAGUCUAAAUAGUGAGCUAACACGCUGCAGAGUGAGUCAUUAAAUGGGUCACAUAGCUGCCAACAUAUCCCAACAAUGAACCUUCUGCUCCUUUAUUUCUGACAUUGACUUGUGAUUCAUGCAUGUCUGUGGACAAGUUGGAGGCCAACAAGUAGCGGCCACGUGCGUGCGCGCACACACGAGACGGCGAUAUGAAUAACACUCUUGUCGAGAGGCAGCGUGGGCAUGAUUCAUCCGCAUCCUGGCUGUGGCAUUCAAGCAGAAGGUGUUACAGUGUUGAGUGGUGAGCCCAGUUUAAAAAAACAAAAAUAUAUUCAAUAAAAAAUGCCACGCCCGCCGACAGCUUCAAAAUAAACCUUAUAUCAUCUGUGGCUCAGCUGCUUGUGGUGUAAAAAUGUGAACACUAAUACAAAUGGCAGCAAUAAACAAAUUAUGGGAUUUUUGAAAGAUGUCGUCUUUUCAUGGUUCUCAGCAACAGUCUGACAACGACGCUCAAACUUUGUGUCAAACUGCGUUCAGGGACCUUAGCAAAAGACGGACUACAAUUUUCUCCUAUUUGAGGCAAGGUCUUUCCCAUAAUACUAUACUACAUUCACUUAUAACUAUUUUUACGAAACGAUUGGAAUCUGGCAGAUUUUUUUUUUUUUUUUUUUUUUUUACAAAUGAUAACCUUUUUAUCCAGAUCCAUCUGCUCUUCCUGUGCUUACCCCCUCUUCAAAAUCUCACAGAAAUCGGUAUGGAGGUUUUCACGUAAUCUUUGUCCUCUGUUACUGAUGCUCGAUCUUUGCGUCAAAUCGUGGACGACAAUGCUGUCCCUUUGAAGUAAAAUUCUUCCAGAUAAAACGAAAACUAGAUUCAUGAAAAAUCGUCAUUUGGGUAAGGAAAAUGUCAAAAUACGCCCUAAAAUGAUCUAAAUGUCAAAAUAUGUCCUAAAAUCCCGCACCAACACUUUUUAGCAAGACCUGUACCAAAUCUUUACAUCUUCUCUUGAAAGCAGUUUCCACAUAAUCCUGCUAACAAACAAAAAACAAAAACAAUAAGACACAGCUACUUGUAUUGUAUUGUCUUUAUUGUAGAUCAUGUGGUCACCUGAUAGUUCUCUGCAGUCAUCCGAUACCAAAGCCCGAUCUUAGCAUCAAAAUGCGGUCAGAAAAAAUCUCAAUCUGGUAAAACAAUCCUGAAAACAAACAAACAAACAAACAAACAAACAAAAAAACGCAUUUACGUGCCAUUGAAAGAAAAGCCGCAUCAAACAAUGUAAUUUGGUGAGCAAAAUGUCUGCACCAAAAUUUGACAUCCUCGCAAAGCAAUUUGACAUACAUCGCAAUCAUCACAAAACACAGUCCCAGUUAGUCACUAAUGCUAGCACGUGACAUUUUAUCGUGCAUUAAAAGUGUGAUUGUUUUGCCACUGACGCUUUUCAUGUCUUUGUGUGACACAUUUUUUGUUCAAUGUUUUUGAAGCACUUAUAGAAUAUCACACUCAAAGAGUCGCACCGUAGUGCCUGCGAGCUUUGUCUUUUAUGUUUGUAGCUUUUUUGCCCCUCUUUUUUUGAAUGUGCAUUUUGUUUACAUGAUGGGGAGUAAAUAGAACGUGACAUGUGACUCUUCACUGUGAUUGUCUCCCAUAGUACAGUAUUAUAAUUAUUAUGACCACAAAGGGAUAUUUGUCAAUGUACUGACAGACUAAUAAUGUACAAUGCUUUGUGUAAAUGUGAAUUUCUUAGAGUUGAUAUUAAAUACAAAAACAAAUGGACAAAGUGUACUCAUGAAAUGAUC